AUGGGAUCGACCACAAGCUCUCGCAGCACUACUAUGCGCGGUGGAAAUUCACGUGCGACCUGCUGGGAGGAUGCCAAGGUAUCGGAGAUUGACCUGUAUGGUUUCGGGUUGAACUUCACCGCGUGGGAUGCGGCGUGUUUUGCGCCGACGUACGAGGAACAGAUGAUAAAAAACAACAUACCGAUACCGUCGUCACACAAGGCUGACUGGGGUUUGCUGGUCUCGACAUCUGGAACCUCGGGAGGUGCUUGUCGAGCCCGGGCCUCCUCUAUCAUGUAUAUGGCUCGGUCCUGCAAUUCCCUAUAG